AAUAGCAGACCUGACGCCAUCUUGGCCAUAUUUCCGUGCCUUCGUAGCUUGUGCCUGUGGGUCGUCGAAUCGCUUGCCAUCCGAGCUGGGUCUGCUACGGUGGCACUUUCCGAGGCUUGGGGUGUUGGCGGAGCACACGUGGGCAUAAGGCACUCCGGAGCAGGCCACAUGUACGCUUGUCGGAGUUGCAGGAGCCGUCGUUAUGAAGCUGGUAAAGUUGCUUCUCUCUCAAGGUCUACAGCGCUUUUCAAGGGAUGAAUUAUUUACUCAGCUCACACUGAAUUUACUUGACGAUUGUAGUAACUCUGAUGCUCUCUACCCAUGCUCCGCCGAAAAUUGCUUUCCUUUGUUCCUAACCUCGUGUUCCUCUUUCAGGUUGACUCGUGAUUGCAGUGCAUAAACCAAGUAUACGAUACGCACCUGGAAGGAACAAGUUACUGUGCACACUUCGUAGAAGUUUUUUUUUUUCCCUCGGAGGUUUGUGUGGAGCAUUCCGGACUGGGUGGAAAACAGAUGGUGCUGCGCCUGGCCUUCACGGUCACAGGUAAUUUUUCCAUUCUUCCUCUCUUCCUGUCCACAUGCCUGAUGAUUCCAUACCGCCCCAGUCCUAUAUCCGUGCGGAUUGGUCUUUGCUGACAUUUUUCAUUUAAGGGAGUGUUUAGACGUGUUAAUGUGGACGUUCUAAUGCAGUUUUUUCCUUUAGGUGGUCUGUGCUGUCGCUGGGAUUACAGGUGUGUUGUAGUCUUUUUCUUCCUUCACAUUGUUAAAUGAUGAGUUCAUACCGCCCCAGUCAUAGUGAUACUGCUGAUUGGUCUUUACUGAUGCUAAAUCAUGCUCCUGUUCACCUGUGACGAGAAUGUUUCGUAUUUACUUGUCGUUUAUGUUUCCUUAGGUAAGGCCUGGACCAUCUUCCUGGUGUAUUACUGGUUUCUCUAUUUUGCUGUUGCUAAUAAAAAGUCCAUCCUA